AUGACCGAUGCAACGUCGAGAUCUCCUAAACGCUGUCAGAUCGUCCGGAAGAACCAAAAGAAACCAGCAUCUACCAAAAAGUUUCAAAAAGACUUCCAUAGAUCACAGUAUUAUUUUACCAAAGGUCAUGAACAUUUGGGAGAAUCUAGAAAUGUCCUUCAGAAGCAAUCUCCAUUUGUUUAUCCUCCUUGUUCGCUUAUGUUCUCUUAUUUUCAAUACUGGAAGGCGAAAAAGCGCACUUCAGAUAAAGAACGAAGAAUGGGUGUCUUAAAAACGAAAGACUCGUACGAUCUUUUACGGAGACUUCGUGUGGACGUGGACAUCGAGGCUUUGGAGGCGAAGAAGCACAAAGAUUUGGACGAAGCUAUAGCCAUCACUGACGUAGAUCCACAAUAUUUCUCGGAAUUAGAUGACAAACUGGUCAGAGAAAAAUUUUCCGUACGCAAUUACAUAGAAGACACUCGUGAGAUUUUAAAGGCUCGUUUAUUAAUUGGACAAGAAACGGACGACUGUAUUCGUAUAGAUCAACAAUUUGUUGAGGAGCAAAAGCGACUCGAUCAGAUCAGGCGACGAUAUCGUCAAUACGUGAAUGGUUUCGAAGAAUUCCUUUCGAAAGACCAUGAGGAGAGCAUGACGAUUCUACAAUUGGCUGAGGAUGAGUUGAAAAAGACUAGACAGAUCACAGAGAGGAGGAACAAGCUUUCCACAGAGUACGGUAAAGUCAGAUUGGAGGUAUAUCACUGGGAGGAGAGCUGGAGGAUGGUGAAGAUGUGCCAAAGGUUCCUCUAUCAGGUGUCGCCGAUUGCUUGGCGCGCGGAUUACGACUGGAUCCAUCGCACUGAUUCUGGAGAAAGUAUUCUUCACAAUGCUGAUGAUUUGUUCGGUCGAUAUAGAAUGGCCGAGGAAGUUGCUUCACUGGACGUUCUCAUAGAUUUAUUCGAGCAAGACAUUACCGAUGCAGGUCCAACAGAUUUAUACUUCAAAGAUCCGUUCGAACUAAUUCACGUGUUCAGAGCGAUUGAAACGCAAAAUUUGAACGCAUUGAUCCAUUUAGAGACCUUGGCAGAACCAUUAACUGAAUUGGUGAUGACGAUUCAUACUGCUGAAGAACAAGUCAUGGCUGAAGUUAUGGAAAUAACCAACACGAUCAACGAAUUACGAGAUACCAUUCGAAAAUUAGAAACCAGAGCUGCAGAAUUGGAAAGCUAUGCAAACGAGCUGGAAACGGUAUUCCGUGAUUCCGUUUGUUCGGAAGAAGUGCUUCGUCUUCAAGUAUUCGUCGAAGAUGCAUACGAAAGCUGUGUGGGACCGAACGAUGCGAAUUUAAACAGUUUCUUUAUGAUGAAAUGGAUAGAGAAAAUCCAUGAGGAAUUAAAUUUGCAGCUGGACACUUUACCACCGGAAGUGAUUCAAGCUUACGAGACGGAAGGCUUCAAACAGGAGCUGAGGGCUAUGAAAGAGACAGAGGAAGCUGCUAAAAAAUUCGAGCUUAUGCAUCAAUUGCUGGCAUCUUUGCAACGUGCUAUGGAACCACCUCCGAUAAAAAGGCGGCCUUUAAUGUGGCGAUCGAUUCCAAAAAGUCAAAGGUUGAAAUCGAUAGCACCCACGCUGGAACCAACCGAGGAGGAGAUGCAAUAUUUGACCUUCUUCACCGACUAUUGCAAACAGCAGGACUUCACCGCCUAUCGUGCUCAAUUUCCGGACGAUUUUGAUCUGACGUUCCAGGAGAAACGUUCUGAGCCAGUUGAAAAUGCAGAAGUCACCGAAGACCAGAAAAAAGAAAGAGAUUCCUCCAAUAUCAGCUGA